AUGUCCUCCCCGACCAACGUAGCAGGCGAUGAUUCUGCCGGGCGGGAACUUGAACCCGACGCCGAGAUGCAGGAUGCGGGCACAACGCAAGACGGCGCAGCCAGACAGAACGACAGCACCGACCAAGACAUGACGGCACAAACGGAUACACAACAACCUGCCACGGGUUCAGCGCCGUCAGGCCUAGCACAGCACAACCGCAAAGAUGUAACGCUCCGAGAGUUCCUGAGCAAAAUGGAUGACUACGCUCCGAUUAUUCCGGAUGCGGUAACAGCGCACUAUCUAACUCUCGCGGGACUUCCGCCUCCCUCCAUCUCCGAUCCCACCGGCGCAAGCACAAACACCACGCCCCUCCCGCUAGCCCGGCUGCUCGCGCUCGCGACGCAGAAAUUUGUCGCAGACGUCGCCGCCGACGCAUACCAAUACUCGCGGAUCCGCAGCUCAAAUUCGGCGUCGUCAAAUAACCCGUUAGGCGCAGCAGGCAAUGCCGGCGCCGGAGGUGGGGGCCCUGGCAAUUUUGCAGGCGGUGCUGGAGGAGGUGCCGCGAGCGGCGCGCAGGCGGCGAAAGGCCAACAGAACACGACGCUCGGCGUGCAGAGGAGUGGAUUUGGUGGUGGUGGGCAGGGUGGGAGUGGGCAGGGGAGACCGGUGUUGACGAUGGAGGAUCUGGGAAUGGCAGUGGCCGAGUAUGGAGUCAACGUUAAGAGGGGUGAAUUCUACAGAUAA